AUUGCUGAUCACGAUGGAGUUCUCACAUGUUUUGGUACGAAACGACGAGACGCGUCUAUAAUAUUCAAGACGCUUCCGGGGACGAAGAUAACUCGUCUCGAGCUGGGCGGGGCUUUGGGUAGUCCGCGCGAUAAGAUAUUUGUCUGUUGCGGUCCGGAGGUGCGAGGCUUUAGUAAGAAAGGCAAACAGUUUUUUGGGUUUGACACGAAUCUGACGGAGAGUAUUCAGACGAUGUACGUGAGUGGUUCUGACCUCUUUCUGUGUGGGACGUAUAUCUAUAAUCAUUAUCGUGACUGCAAAGAUCUCAACUACUACUUAUCAGCAGAUCGAAUCAACGACGUUCUAUUUCUGAACCUCGAAGGUCAUCCUGAUGGCUUGCCAAUCCUUGCAUGUCAAGACCGAAUGCUUCGUAUUCUACGCAACUCAGAAUUGUUAUACGAGUGUGAACUAGCUGGUCCACCGUGUUGUCUCUCGCUAAAUAACAGAGUGGGUGGAGAGCUGGGUGACGAAGUGUUGUAUGGAACUGCAGAUGGGAAAGUUGGACUUGUACGGCUCACUGAGACUACUCCUGAAUACAAGUGGGAGGCAGCCGAUGGAACACAGUAUGGAGAUGUUUUGUGUAUUGACACGUAUGAUUUGACAAGAGACGGAGUCCCUGAGAUUAUCGUCGGGCACGGAGACGGCACGGUAGAGGUUUAUGCAUUAGACGAGGCUAGAGAACCGCGAAUCAAAUUCAAACAGACUCUGCCUCAGAGUUUGACUUCAGUUUGUGGUGGGGUGGUUGGUCAUUCUGGUUACGGAGAGGUUGUUGUUGCUACGUACACUGGUCAUGUCCUCGGUUUGACGACUGAGCCUCAAGUGAAAGAAUUAGGGCCGGGAUCUGAAGCAGCUGCGACUGAAAUAACUCAGGAGGGUCAGUUCAAGAUUGAAGAAUUGCAACAUCAGAUAUCACAACUGCAAGAAGAAGUGGUAAAGGAACGAGACAGAUACCAAGCUGUGUCUCACUCCGACACAGCCGUUUCUGCUGUUCGCCAGUUUCCUGUGAACGAUAAAUUUGUUCUAAACGAGGAAGACGCGUCAUACACGCUUUUUCUGGAGAUACAGAUGUCAAUUGACUAUAUUCUCUUACAGAGUGAUGUCCCAAUUGACGUUCUCGAUGUUGACAAAAACAGUGCCGUUGUCAGCUACAGUGAAUGUGAUGUUGACAAUGGAAACUAUCUCUUGGCAACGUACAGAUGUCAACCAAACACAACGCAACUGGAAGUGAAGAUUCGUUCGAUUGAAGGUCAGUAUGGUAUGUUGCAAGCGUACAUUACACCUCGGAUUCAGCCUAAAGUGUGUCAACUGCGCCAGUAUAGUAUCAAGCCACUCUCUUUGCAUCGGAGAAGUCACGUGUUUGAUGAGUCUAGACCUCUAAAUACCUUGAAAUUAACCGGACCGUUUAGCCUAGCCGAAGUACAUUCAUGGAUUUGUUUCUGUAUACCAGAUGUACCAGAGAGGACUCCACCAGGAGAUCAAGUGACAAUGUGUUGUCAUUCGACAUUUUUGGAUACGCAACUGGAGUGCUCCUACAAGAGAGGUGAAGCAACAUUUAGAUCUGAUAAUGUCUCGACUAUUUCCAUCUUGAAGGACGUGCUCAGUAAAGAGGCAACGAGUCGAAAAAUGAGUGUAGACAUGACACACACAACGUCGGAUGAAUCUGUGACUCAUACUCUUAAACUGUUGCAUCCCAAGUUGGAGUAUCAGCUACUCUUAGCGAAGAAAGUCCAACUGAUUGAUGCACUAAAGGAAAUUGAAGUUCACGAAGGUGGCAUUGAAUUUGUGACUGAAGAGUAUCAAGCGAUCUUGAAGAAUACCGAUCAGUUGCUGGCCGAAUUUAGAAUGCAGCCGUGUCACCUGGAGAGACUUUAUGGUAUGAUCACUGAUCUCUACAUUGAUAAGUUCAAGUUUCAGGGACUCAAUGUAAAAGGAAGGGUACCAAAUCUCAUGGCUGUUCUAGAGGACUACGACCUCGACAAACUACUUGAAUUCUUCGAACAGGAAAAAUGAGCAACAUACGUCACGAUUAAGAUAGUAUUCAGAGCUAUUGGUAUUGCUGUGUACAUAUGCAUAUGUCAUAUUUAAUUUUAUGUUGUAACAUUUUUGUGUGGUGAUGUGUGAUGCACACGAAUAGAACGCUAAUUAGACAUAAUAAAGAUAUAAAAAAUUAAAGAAUAAAAAAUUUUGAAACAUAAAAGUAAAUAAAAAACUAAAAAAUGGAAAAAUAAAAUUACCAAUUUGUAAUCAUCACGAGGUAAUGCAUCACGUGAUGAUACGGGAUAUUGACUGAUAACUGAAGUCGAAUCAUCGUCUGCAAAAAUUUGUUUUGCUUGGUUUAGAAUGUUAAAAAUAAAUAAAUAAAAAUACAAAAAGGAAAAUAAAUUAGAAAAACAACAAACAUUACGUGAUAAUAAUAAAAAUUAGUCACGUGAUAAUACGGGAUAUUUUUGGGUUGAACACAUUUGUAGCUACGCAAGAACAUGGAAUUUGAGUCAUCGUCCUUAGAGACUUAUUUCGUGUUUGCGUUAUAUAAACAGAACGUAAAAAUAAAAAUACAAAAACAAUCAAAAUAUAAAAU